CAGCUAUAGGACUUUCUGCUUAUGAUAUAAUAUGGCGUGGGAUAAGUUCUGAUACAAGUCAUUUUCAUGUAAUAGUAGCUAGCGGCAGCUACUUUUUAAUGUGUUUUUCUGCCGUGUUGAUUGGUUUAAGGCGUCUGAUAACCGUUAAGAAAGCGUUGCUGGACAUACCAAAAUCGAAAUUGCCUAUUAGUAAAAAGAUUUUGCCAAAAUCUGUGCAUAAUCUCAUUAUGUCUGAGCUGAUACGAGUAUCAAUGAUUUCCCUGGAAAGUGAACCAAAACCCGAAGAUGGCGGUCAGCCGGGAUGGGGUCGACCAGGCACCUCUCUUGACAACAUAAACUUCAAAAUAUCGAUAGUGGAUACGCUCACAUUGAUAGAAAAAAAUGCUUAUGAGCAUUCUCAUCUUAAGCGUCAACCUUCAAUGUCUGCGCAAAGAUUUAUUGAUUUUUUAAUAGAAAAUAAAGCCAUUGACCGUAAUUUAGGGCAUGCCUACGUUGAAGGUUAUGAAAGAGCAAGAUUUAGUGAUGAAGAGAUUCCCGAGGAGCAAUAUACAGAGUUUAUGAAACUAGUAGUGCAACUAUUGCGUAAAUUGGGGUUCAAUGAAAGUUAA